AUGCUUACGUCGUUUUGGUCGUUAAAUCAUCGCAUCAAUUCUCUUGUUUGUUCAAUUGUUUCAUUAAAUGAUGGUAGACAAAAUACUGGUCUUGUUAUUACGGAACCAGGUUUCUAUCAUGAGAAAUGUUAUUUAACAUCAUUACGAUUAUUUAAUCAAUCAUCAUUUUCAUCUUUUUGUUCUUCUAUUCGACGUAUACAUAUUGACGGAACAAGUUCGCUUGUUUGUGACAUAAGUUAUGAAUGGCUUUUUUACCAAAAUGUUCGUAAAAAAAUUUCCAUUUAUCCUAAUCUUAAAUCAUUUAUUCUUACUCAAUGUUGGGUAACCGAACCCUUAAUUGAAAUUUUAUCGUUCCUUAUUAAACAUCAAUUAGAGGAACUUACUCUAACAUUCGAUAACGAAACGUUGAAGUUUGUUCGAUUUGGAAGACCAGGCUUUAAAAAGAAUUGUGGUAAAGGUAAUUAA